AUGGAGACGCCGCACACAAGAGCUGCAAUGUUCAACACCAUGGUGAAUUUCAUAAGAGAGUGGAACAUUGAAGAUAAUCUCUUUGCUGUGACGCUAGACAAUGCAUCGAACAAUGGUGCAAUGAUGAAGCUAUUGAAGGCACAUCUCCUGCUUAAGAAGAUGUUACCUGGUAGUGGCAAGUUGUUUCACCAACGUUGUGCUGCCCAUGUCAUAAAUCUGAUAUGUCAAGCAGGAUUGAACUUCCUUGGUCCAGUGAUCAACAUGAUGCGUGAAAGUGUCAAAUAUAUUCGAAGCUCACCAAGUCGAAAGGAAAAAUUUCAAGAAAUCGUUGCGCAGCAUGGUGUAUCAUGUGGGAGAACUCCAAGUCUUGAUGUUUCAACUCGCUGGAACUCAACCUACAUGAUGAUUGAUAUAGCGAAGGAGUAUCGCGGAGUGUUUGACUCUUUGGCCAUUCAAGAUAAACAAUAUACCUUCAAGCCAUCUUUUGAGGAUUGGGAAAAUGUCGAAGAUGUCUGCAGGCUACUAAAGGUAUUCUAUGAAGCCACUAAUGUGAUAUCGGGCACAAAAUAUCCAACUAAUUUGUAUUUCCAUGAAAUGUGGAAAGUGAAGCUGACCUUAGAGCAACAACAUUAUGAAGAGGAUUCUGAGAUGGGUACAACGGUCAAAUAUAUGAAGAGAAAAUUCAGAAGGUACUGGAAGAUGACAUGGCUGAGCCUUUGUAUUCCAGUGAUUUUGGACCCACAAUUCAAGUUGAAAUAUAUUGAGUUCCGAUUUGGCCUAGAGUUUGGGAACGAAGCUGCAGCAAUGAUUGCUAAAAUAAAAAAUGUGUUCCAAGGGUUGUUCAAGGAAUACCUCCAAUUGAAUGACAAUGGCUCAGAUCCCAUGUCACAAGGAGGUGAUGAUGACAUGGCUAUAAGUGGUGAAGAUCCUAUGGCUGAUUGGGACCAACAUGUCACCCUCACUGCUCGAUCAACAAAUUUGGAUUCUACUGAACAUGAUUCGUACUUGUCAAAGCUAAUACUCAACGUAGCUUGGCUUCAGUUCAUGACAUUUUACUGGACUUACAAGAUAUGA